AUGUUCGACACGGCAGAUAUAACCAAACCGGGCCACUAUUCGCCCUCACAGACAGCUUUGCUUCUGCUGGACUUCCACACCAUGUUUGUCCAAAAGGCCGGUGGUCCACAGGCACCAGCAGCCUUAGACGUCGCAGUUAAAAUGAGGACUUGGGCAAAGUCAUUAGGUGUCCAAGUAGUACACGGCGUGAUAGACGUCAACCUUCCACCCUUCCCCACUUGCAAGGAUCCCGAGAUGUUCAAAAACGUCCUCGCGGCUAUGCAAUCAGGCGGUGCCGAAGAACCGGCUGAGCUUGUCGGCGAAGGCGAUGACAUCACCUUCUUAAGAAGACCGGGCUACGUCUCCGCGCUCAAGUCGCCUGGUUUAGAAGACUUCCUACAGAAAAAGGGUAUCAAGUCGCUGAUUCUUGCCGGUCUGAGCACAUCGGGUUGCGUCAUGAGAACCGCCGUCGCAGCCACUGACGCCGAGUACGUGGUAUCCGUCAUCUCCGACGCUUGUGCUGAUCCGGCAGAGGGCGUGCACGAUAUGAUGGUUGGGAAAAUUCUCAACCGAGCAUACGUUGCUACUGGUUCCGAGAUUCAGGAGGGGCUUUCGAACACUUGGAGCAAAAAAUGA